CGCCGCCGUGGCCAUAAGCACAUCUGCGCUGCUGCCACUACCGUCACGACACCCGCGAUACGACCCUUCCCGACCUCGCUCGACGCUCCCAAACGUAAAAGACGUUGGCCAAGUGCAUACAAAACCACAAUCAGUCGCAGUCAAACCGAAUUUUGUUAAUACAUCAGCAGCGACUGCAACAACCACAACAACAACAACUACCGAGAAAUAAGACCAGAGACCGCAGUUGAGUUCUCAGUUCUUUUUGGGGGGGCAUCUGCGAUGGGCAAGAAAGACAAGAACAAGGAACCGGCGGACGCUGCACCAGCUGGCGAUGCACCACCUGCUGGACCUCCAGCAGGCGAGGGAGGCGAUGGCGAGAUUGUGGGCGGACCACACAAUCCGCAGCAGAUUGCGGCACAGAAGCGUCUCCAGCAGACGCAGGCGCAGGUCGAUGAGGUCGUCGACAUUAUGCGCACAAACGUCGAGAAGGUGCUGGAGCGCGAUAGCAAGCUGUCGGAGUUGGACGAUCGUGCCGAUGCCUUGCAGCAGGGCGCCUCGCAGUUUGAGCAGCAGGCGGGCAAGCUCAAGAGGAAAUUCUGGCUGCAGAACUUGAAGAUGAUGAUCAUCAUGGGCGUGAUUGGCCUGGUUGUCGUGGGCAUUAUUGCAAAUAAACUUGGACUCAUAGGCGGAGAGCAGCCACCGCAGUAUCCUCAGUAUCCACAGUACAUGCCGCCACCGCCGCCACAGCAGCAGCAGCCAGCCGCCGCCGGAGGACAGUCGGCGCUGGUUGAUGGAGGACACGGAGCCGGUGCCGGGGCCGGGGCCAAUCCGGAGCAUGGCGGCGCAUAAGUAAUUCUGGACGGCAUUUACCUGUAAAAGCCAAGCAUAAAAAAACGUUUCUUGAUUACACAAAACUAUAAUCUGCAAGACCCCGAACAAAACCCAAAAAGGAAAACUCAGUUAUGCUAGACAAAAAUCUCGAGAAUUGCAAAGAAGUCAAUAAUAAUUUCCCCUUCAGAGACGAACGACAACACACGAGAAGGAAAGGGAAAUGGUUUUAAGUAAAUGCAGUCAUAAUAUUAACACUAAAAUCUAAAAGACGCUCCGGACAAAAAUGAAGUUGUUGCUAAUUUGUUUAUGGUUACAUUAUUUCAUGCAUAAAAUGGUAUAGUAUAUAUAUAUAAAUAUAUAAAUAAAUAAAUAUAUGGUACUUGAAUAUUUACGAGUAAAUCUAAAAAGCAAAAAAGAAACCACAACAACAACUAGUAAUCUAUGCUACAUAUACAUAAAUGUAUAACUACGACUAUAUUGUACUUAAUAUCUUCUCGAUGAUGCUGCUGGCCUGUGCCUGUGUCUGUGCCAGCUCUUUGAACUCAGUUUCCUUAGAAAAUCUAUGUACUAGUAUCGCAAAUAUUUUCGGAACAGAGCCCUACAAAAACUCCCGAGAAAGCGUUGCUAAAACCAGAAAGAACGAAACCAAAUCUAAGCUUUUGUUCCUAAGUAAAAGUUACGCAAAAUAUAAAUAUUUGAAGUGUAUAAUCCAAAA